CUCCUGUGUGUCAGCUGUGUUUUUAACAUGGUUUAAACACGCCGCGUUGUAAAGACUUUGUUCUCAGAGCAUCUCCGUGUUCUUCCACCGUAAAAAUGCCUUGCUAAACCUUUUUAUAUUCGUCGAGCGUUCAUUAAAAGCACAGAGCCGUGGGGCAGAGCUGUUAACUGCUUGUUGCUGCUUCAGAGGAUUAACUUUAGCUGAAGGUGGCUAAGCUAGCUAAUAAUAAUACUGUCAGUGUCAAGUUGAACCACCUCAGGACACGUUUUUGCGCUCUGUUAUUGAAAUGCUAGUCAAGGACUGCUUCGUGUCCGCUCCUGGGAAGGCCAUCCUCCACGGAGAGCAUGCAGUUGUUCAUGGAAAGGUGGCUCUUGCUGUCAGUUUGAACCUGAGAACAUAUUUACAGUUGAAGGCCACCACUACUGGCAAAGUUUGCAUCAACCUCCCAAAUAUUGACACAUUUCUCUGCUGGAGCCUGUUUGAGCUGAAGCAGCUUAUUCCUUAUUCCUGUGCUAGGAGGGAGGAGGUGAAACUUCUGGAUUCUGAACUUGUGAGGAGACUGCGUGAAUUUGUUGGUGUAACAAAUGGAAACCUGGACACUGGCAACAUGGCCACCUUAGCCUUCCUCUACAUCUACCUCUCACUGUUUGGAUCAGGUGAGCUGCCCAGCCUGACAGUGUCUGUGUGGUCGGAGCUGCCGACUGGAGCGGGACUGGGGUCGAGUGCUGCCUACUCAGUAUGUUUAGCUGCAGCUCUGCUCUGUGCAAGUGGAGCCAUUCACACUCCUCUCAAAGAGUUGGAUCACACCGCCAGGUGGUGUCAGGAGGAACUGGAGCUGAUCAACAGCUGGGCUUUCCAAGGGGAAAUGAUCAUCCAUGGUAAUCCUUCAGGAGUAGACAACGCUGUAGGAACAUGGGGAGGCAUGCUGAGAUUCUUGGCUGGGAAGAUAAUACCACUGAGCAAGGUGCCGUUAUUAAGAAUCCUCCUCACUAACACCAAAGUACCACGUAGCACCAAGGUACUUGUUGCCAGGGUGAAGGACAAAAUUAACAAGUUUCCCUCUAUCAUGACCCCUGUGCUCGACUCAGUUGAUGCCAUUUCCUGCACUUGUGAGAAAGUCCUCUCAGAGAUGACCUGUGAGCCCAUCACAGGAGAGCACUACAAUAUUCUAGAGGAGCUCAUUGACAUCAACCAGCACCAUUUGAAUGUGAUGGGUGUGGGACACCCUGCCCUGGACACACUGUGCCAGGUCACACUGACCAGAGGGCUCCACAGCAAGCUAACCGGUGCAGGGGGAGGAGGCUGUGGCAUUACACUUCUGAGACCAGAAACGGACGCCUUUGUCGUCCAGAGUACAGUGCAGGACUUGAGAGACUGCGGCUUUGACUGCUGGGAAACAAGUAUUGGCGGGCCUGGCGUCCAGCAGCACUCUCCUUCGUCCAUUAAGAAGGAAGUUCUGGAGAUUUUAAAUCAGUAUUGACACCCACCUGUGGCUGAACGGAACAUCAGACGGGCCGUUCAUCCGUUUGUUGUCGUUGCCUCAAGACCUGAGUUGUGCUGAACUCAUGAAGUGGGCCAAGUGGACCAGAGGGACAUUGCACACUGAGCAGAACUGGACAGAGCUGCCUGGAGUGUUGGUUAUAGAUUUUCCUGGCUGAAAAAUAAUGUAACCUGAAGUUUUGACCAAGCUAACUAUCAACAAGUCAGCUGUGUGUUUGCUUGUUGAAUGUACUGUAGGGUACAAACUUGUGUAAUGAGCUGUUUGUCCACUAGAUGGCAUGAGAGUUGCACAAAUGCUUUUUUAUAAAACAGGAUUUAGGGUAAGAGGCUCUGAUAAAAAUUGAUUAAUAUGUAAGUGAAGCACUGGCAGGAUUAAUUUAUAAUUUCAUCCAAAUGUUUAAAGCAGUAGAGCCAACCUAUCUUAAUGGAUUAGAUGAUCGGCAGCCAUUAAUUACUUACUCCUGACAUUGUAACAUGCAGUUUUGUUGGCUAACAGCUAGAAUAGGAUUAUUAUAUAUAGGAUAUUUUGAAAAAAAAAACAAAGGGGAAAAAAGUUUGAUAAUAUGUAUUAACAUAUUUCUGGGAAGGAUCCUAAACAAAAUCCUGUGACUACUAUGCAGUUUUUUAAGUCUUCACAGUUCUACAAAGAGGUUUAUGAAAGUAACCGCUUUAAUAUUUCUCUUCUCAUGGACAGUGUUGGUGAGAAUGUGUCUCUGAAUAAGCAAAGACCAGGAAAUGAAAAUGUCAUGAAUAUAUUCCAAGAAUUACCCACAAGUAAUGUCAGACUUCACUCUAAUGAAUUAUCAUGAUCAAGACUGCUUCAAACGUAACCAUAGCACACUGUUGUAUAAUGCUGCAUUGCUUUUUAAUUUUGCUCUAUAUUUAAUAUAAAUGUUGAAAUAUAAGGUUCUGCUAAAAUUCUA